AUGCGGCUAGACGAUGGCUUUGUUUACUGCUACGGGAAUUUGUACAGCCUGCUGUUCUACUGGGGAUUGAUCACGAUCCGGGUGAGGAGUACGGGUCAAGGAGGAGCAGUUUCAACCAGGUGGACAGUGGGCUAUGCAUUAUUGGCGCGCUUUUUACUGCUCAUCUGCUUCCUGGGCAGCCUAAUGGCGAAGCUAAAGGAUCCGGAGAUGGCAGCGGCCAUGUUUGAGCACCUCAGCCCGCUGGUUAAGGCGAUCUUCACCUGGGAGUGCCUCAGCUGCUCGAUCACCUACUUGGAGUUCUGCCUGUCGCUGGACAGUCAGCGGAGCAGGCACCUGCGACUCCUGGCCAGCAUGCAGCAGUUCGAUCGGUCUGUCGUGGAGGUGUUUCCUCAGGUUAAGUGGAACUACCAACGCUCUCGAAUGAAAUAUUGGUAUGGCACUGUGAUCGUCGGCUUUUGUUUCUUCUCCUUUUCCAUCUCGCUGGUCUUCAAAACGACGCGUUGCACCUGCGGCAUUCCAUCCACAUUGCUGAUGGCCUUUACCUACACUCUGCUGAUGACCUCCGUAGGAUUGUUGGGAUUUGUGCACAUCGGCAUCAUGGACUUUCUGCGGGUGCGCCUGCGAUUGGUUCAGCAGCUGCUCCGGCAAUUUUAUCAAGGUGAACUGAGCGGACAAGAGGUUCACGAGCGGAUUGUGCACCUGUUCGACCUGUCCAAGCGUUGCUCUUUUCUUCUGGCCGAACUGAAUGGAGUGUUUGGGUUUGCAGCCGCCGCUGGCCUCUUCUACGACUUUACCGUCAUGACCUGCUUGGUGUACGUCAUUUGCCAGAAACUGCUGGAUAGAGAGUCCUGGGACCUGGAGUACUUGUUCAUGCUGCUUCACGUGGUUAUACACACCUACAAGGUGGUAAUCACCAGCACCUAUGGGUAUUUGCUGCAGCGAGAGAAGCGCAACUGCAUGCACUUGCUGAGCAACUACUCGAGAUACUUUCCGGACCAGGAUGUGGCUCGCCGGCAGACGGAGGACUUCCAGCACUGGCGCAUGCACAAUCGGCAGGCGGCUCUGGUGGGCAGCACAACAAUACUCAAUGUUUCCACCAUUUACGUGGUAGGUGAUCAACUGACUCGAGGCCAAACCACUCUUAUCCUUACCCAUCACCUAUCCUGGCAGAUCUACAACGGCAUGGCCAACUAUGUGAUCAUCCUGGUCCAGCUUCUGUUCCAGCAGCAGCAGAUCAAAGAGCGCCAACUGUUAUCGGGCAGGGAUGUUGACGUUUUUGGACCCAUGGGCCCCAUUACGCACAUGGAUUAAACGAACUACUACAGUAUAUAGUAAACACAUCGAUUAACAAGAAAGCCUUUAUUGUCCAUUCACAUAAUAUUUA